UUACAUAAGGAGUCUGUGGGCACAGCGGCGCUCCAGCGGCCCCGUCCUAUCUCUUUAAAUGACACAGAGCCGCUCGGUGCGCGCGCGCGCGUGUGUGUUUGGAGGAGGAAUUACGAGACAGAGGGCCACUGUGUUGUGGAGGAGGACCGAAAACACAACAUCCUUCGGCCUGCUGUGAUCGCUCUGAAGAGGCGGCUGCUCGUCCUCGCGUCUCCCGCGCCUGAUUCCUGGCGCUUGUCUAUGGGCUCGGCGGGCGCAUCCCCGCCCCCCCCUCGGUAGGAGAGACCGCGGCCAGGGCUUCGCUUUCAUCGUUAUCAUCACCUCGCCUUUUGUUGGUUUAUGAUUUGACAUCCGACGGUUGGAGGCGCGUGAGCGAGAGAGGAACAUGGAUUAAUGGCCGAGUGAUCUUCAUCCGCGAGGUUCCAAAUGUUGAACAUGUCAACCCCCAGCGAGCUGAAGUCCACCUGCGUGACUCGCAACGGUAUGGUGAAGCUGCCCCCGAGCCAGCCCAACGGUCUGGGCAGCGCCAGCAUCACCAAGGGCACCCCUGCUGCCAAGAACCGCCUGUGCCAGUCCUCCACCGUGCCCUCCAUCCUGCCCCCCCCUCCGUCGUCUCUCUCCUACCACCACCACCACCACCACCACCUGGACGGCCAGGGCCUGCCUCACUCCGCCGCCUCUCUACUGGGCUCCGAGCUGGAGCCCACCAAACCGCUGGUGGGCCUGAAGCCGUCGCUGCGCAAGCUGCCGCCCCUCACUUUACCCAAGCCCAUGCUGCUGGAGCGCCAGCUGGUCCUGGACGAGAAGCUGCUCAACCGCCUCCUCUGGUACUUCACCACGGCCGAGAAAUGUGUACUGGCGCAGGUGUGCAAGACCUGGCGCAAGGUCUUGUACCAGCCCAAGUUCUGGGAGGGGGUGACGCCCAUCUUGCACGCCAAGGAGCUUUACACCUUGUUACCCAACGGGGAGAAAGAGUUUGUGAGCCUGCAGGCCUUCGCGCUGCGGGGCUUUCAGUCCUUCUGCUUAGUGGGCGUGUCAGACCUGGACAUUUGUGAAUUCAUCGACAACUACCCGCUCUCCAAGAAGGGGGUGCGCUCGGUCAGCCUCAAGAGGUCCACCAUCACAGACGCGGGACUGGAGGUCAUGCUGGAGCAGAUGCAGGGUCUGAUGCACCUGGAGCUGUCGGGCUGCAACGACUUCACGGAGGCCGGCCUGUGGUCGAGUCUAAACGCGCGGCUGACGUCCCUCAGCGUCAGCGACUGCAUUAACGUGGCGGAUGACGCCAUCGCCGCCAUCUCGCAGCUCCUGCCCAACCUGUCGGAGCUGAGCCUCCAGGCGUACCACGUGACCGACACGGCGAUGGCGUACUUCACAGCCAAGCAGGGCUACACCACCCACACGCUGCGGCUUCACUCCUGCUGGGAGAUCACCAACCACGGGGUGGUCAACAUGGUCCACAGCCUGCCCAACCUGACGGCACUCAGCCUCUCCGGCUGCUCCAAGAUCACAGACGACGGCGUGGAGCUGGUGGCGGAAAACCUCCGCAAGCUCCGCAGCCUGGACUUGUCCUGGUGCCCGAGGAUCACCGACAUGGCUCUGGAGUACAUCGCCUGCGACCUGCACAAGCUGGAGGAGCUGGUGCUGGACAGGUGUGUGCGGAUCACUGACACCGGUUUGGGCUACUUGUCCACCAUGUCGUCGCUGAGGAGCCUCUACCUGCGCUGGUGCUGCCAGGUGCAGGACUUCGGAUUGCAGCACUUGUUUGGGAUGAGGAGUCUUCGUCUCCUGUCGCUAGCAGGCUGCCCCCUGCUGACCACCACCGGCCUCUCCGGCCUGAUCCAGCUGCAGGACCUGGAGGAGCUGGAGCUGACCAACUGCCCCGGAGCCACGGCCGAGCUCUUCAAGUACUACUCCCAGCACCUGCCUCACUGCAUGGUCAUCGAGUAGCGGCGCCCGCCCUCCUGUUCUGACCCGACGGACCCACCCGCAAUACUCCCGCCUCCUCCACGCUUCCUCACUCUUCUGACUCUCGCCAGCGAGGACGCUCUCAUCACCGUAGACCCACCUCCACCCGCCGUCUUCCUCCAACCCCCGCCUCCAGCCCGGCAGAAGAAGGUGCGACGUCUUGUCCCACGGUGCGAGAAGCUUCCGGAAGACUUUCCGGACGGAGGAACCUCGACAUGUGCUCAUCAUCCAGUGAAUUUACCGCCACGACUAACUCUGUGUGUAAUAUAAUCCUUGUCUCGUCCGAGAGACUCGGCCGGGAGUGGAGGGCCGGACGGAAGCUCCUCUCCCUUCUUGUGCAGUGUGGACUCAGCGGCUCUUUCUGGGGACAUCCAUCCUCCGGUCAGAAACAUUUCGACAUGCUUUUUAUUUCGCUGUGUUGGAGUUGCACGCUCACUUUGACCCCAUUUUUUGAUACACGAUCCGGAGUGUCGAAGUUCAUCGGCGAGGCAGGGAAGUGCUUUUUUCAGGGGACUCAAAAAGGGCAUCGCUUUUUUUAAAGAUCACCGUGUUUGCAACGCUUCAUUUCUUAAAAGUUUCCUUCAGCAAGAGCUGGCGGUGGUGGUGGCAGGUCGACGUUUGAGUUUCUAUUUAUGAAAAAAAAAAAAAAGAUAUUUGCUAAAAAUAUUCCAAAAAAAUAAGAAGUGAGGUUGUCACUUUUCUAUUUGAAGUUUUGGGGAUAAUUUGAAUUUAAAAAGUUCUAUUUUUAAUCAUAUACAUUUUUACAGAGACUGUGGAGGUUUUUCUCUUGGUCCUGCUGAAGAGGUGGGUUUGUGAUGGACUUGAGGAGGCUGGUUCUGGAGGUUCCAGACGGCCCAGACACAAAUCGGGCUCUUGUUUUGAUGGUUUGGAGCAACAGCGCCUCAGUGGCUUUCACAGUCAGGAGUGAGAGUGCGCUGCAGAAACCCCCCAGCAGGGGGCGGGCUCCUCACCUUCCUCGAGAUGUGUCAGGGCUUCAUUUUGGAUUCUUUUCGGGCCUAAAAAUUGUAAAUAAAAAUGAGAUAUAGUCAAGGAAGUAGACCAGAGGCGGAAAGGUUUACCUGUCGAGCUGACAUGGUCAGGAAGGGAGCGGACCGGCAGGCACUGAGGGAUGCGUGCGCUGCUUCCUGACCAAAAGGUUGUCUUUCCUCCAGUGUCCGGUGCUUGUUGGUCAGAGCUACUUUAUCAACCGAAUGAAGCCGAGACGCGUUCGCUCUGGUUUAAGCCUUUUCAGAGGAGUCAUUGAAAAUCAUAGCAGCCUCAGACUCGCACUUCGAUUUCAAGAUUGUCGAUCUCGCAGCGUCAGCAGCCCAAAAGAUACUGAGACUCCGAGUCAGAGCUCAGCUUCCUUCGCCCUCACGGAGACGUGGUUCAUUUGUCGUUCACAAACAUGACGUGAUUUGGUCUGUGAAUGAAUACCGAAGCUACUCUUGACAUGGUGACUCAGCUGGAACCCAAAAAUGCAUGUACAGCUGCUGACGUCCGGACAGACCAGGAGGUGUGGCGUUCAGGGACGUGGGGAAAAUGGGGAUCGCUCAAAGCAGGGUCCGAGAGCGAGACCGCCGGGUGGAGACGACGCUCCGCCCCGGGCUGUGUUUGGCUGUCAGGCUCUUGCAUCAUCGCACAUGUGCCAACUCCCAUCAGCUCGUGCCAAAAUGUCACCGGAGCAGCGGACGCGGCAUGUGGACCUGCCUUGACUGGGUGACGCGGGAGCAGCUUGUGUCCUCUGUUCUCUGUACAUAUUUAUUUAUUUAAAUUCAGUUCUGUCUCUUUAUUUAUUGGCCAGACGCCGGGAUGUUGACGCGCCGGCGUUGACUGCCGGUUUUUGUUUUGUUUUUUUACUCAUGAAGUUGGACAAAAAAACGGACUGGAAUAUUUUAUGGUUGUGUUGAAUGUGGCGAGCGAGCGGUUGUUGACAUGACGCCAGCUGUGGACGACAGAGCGGCUUCAUCUGUGCGUCUGAACUCCAACGCGGUGUCGCUGUGUGCAACAUAUUAGCCCGAACAUUUGACUCUAUUGAUUAAACACUGUUUGGUAAGACC